ACUAAAACUCAAAAAAAAAUCAACAUUAAUCCUUAUACUAAUACUCCCCCUGAUAAAUGUGUUUCUGCCUAUGAAAAUGUGUGUUGCUGCGUGCAAUUAAUUCUUUCCAUUUUCCCGCUACACUUUGCUCAAAAAUCAACACAUCUCGAUUUCGCACAUCUCCACUUACUUUCUCCCUCUUGAUCCAUUCAAAUUUCUCGAUCAGCAAAUCUGGAGCUGAGCUUGCAAACAAUUAAGAAAAUAGCCAUGCUAAAAAUUUCUCUAAUAACCUUAUUUUAUUUUUGGUCACUCUCAACGUCUCCCUCUCCUUUGCAACAAAUACAAUACACACGUAUAUUUGCUGUUGGAGCCUCACUGUUAUCAACUACUCAAUCAUUCAUGAUGUUGUGACCCAACUAAUCAGUGGACCUGACCUAACCAAGCUUAGCCAGCCAAGAAGAAGGAAAUGCCCCCUUCCUUCCUUUUACCCCACUCUUUUUGGUUCACAGUGGUACACCACCAGCAAAGGUAAAAAGAGAAAAAAGGUAAAAAAGAUUAAACCCAAUUAUCACGGAAUGAUUAUAAUUGAUUAAUCAGACUAAGUAUCAUUACCUACUCGCAUGUUAGGUUUAGGUGAAUAAAGUAAGGAGAACAUCAUGCUUCCCGAUGCAGUGAGCCAGUCCCAUGGGCACACAGUAAAGAGUGUAAUAAGACCACCAUCUGGAGCUCUGCUGAGACUGAGACCAAUUUUGAGUCGAGCCCUCCCUUUUUGAAUGCCGAUCGAUCUAGAGAGAGAAAGCGAGACAACCAGCUUUCAGUUUCAGCCUUCCUUCCACUCUUGUCCUCAUUUGAGCUGGCCUUCUCACUAAUUAUUAGCUUGGAUUCUCUCCUCCAAAAGCCUCUUCCUUCCUUCCUUCCUUCCUCCCCCUUUUCUUUUUCACUUCUUCAUCCCUCUCUUUCUUCCUUGUAUGCAUCUGGUAGCUUACUAGUUCCACCACUACCCAGAAUCCAGAAGAAAGCUUCUCUGGUCCAGCAAUGGCUGACAAAGAAAAACCCACCACCUCCAAGGGCCAAGCAUGGUUCUGCACCAGUGGGCUGCCCAGCGACAUUGCAGUCGAGGUUGAUGAUAUGAGCUUUCAUCUCCACAAGUUCCCUUUGAUGUCGAAAAGUCGAAAGCUGCAUCAGCUGAUAACAGAGCAAGAGACAAACCCUACCUCUGCCUCUGCCGCUGCCGCCGCUACCCUCCAAACCUCCUCCACGGACGAGGACGGCGCCGGAGAAGGAGACGAAAUCGAGGAAGUCGAAUGCCAGAUUUCGCUCCCGGAUUUCCCGGGCGGCUCCGAGACCUUCGAAAUGGCCGCCAAGUUCUGCUACGGGGUCAAGGUCGACCUCUCUGCCUCCACCGUCGCGCCGCUCCGCUGCGCCGCCGAGGUCCUGGAGAUGACGGAGGACUACUCCGAGGCCAAUUUGAUAGCCAAGACGGAGAAAUUCCUCUCCCAGAACGUCCUCAAGAGCCUCAAGGAAUCGAUUAAAGCCCUCAAGUCUUGCGAGCGGGUGAUGCCGCUCGCCGAAACCCUAGGCAUCCCGCAGCGCUGCAUUGAAUCCUUGGCCUCCAGAGCUUCCACCGCCGAUCCCGCCCUGUUCGGCUGGCCGGUCGUCGCCACCGACGGCGGUGACAGUAGCAAGAGGGAUUCCUCUAAUCAAGCCCUGUGGAACGGAAUCGAAUCCGCUGUCCGCCGCAAAGGCCGAUCCGCUUCCUCCGCGGCGGCCGCCGGUUAUAACAUGGAUUCGUGGCUGGAAGAUCUCUCGCAUCUCACCUUGCCGUUGUUCAAUCGGUUGAUUUCAGCGAUGAAGGAGCGAGAUCUGAAUCCAGAGAUCAUCGAGAGCUGUCUAAUUCAUUACGCCAGAAAGCACAUUCCGGGGAUCACGAGGCAGAGCAGGAAACAUCCGCCAGCCGCGGCGGCGACGAUGACAACGAUCGCCUCAGAAGGCGAGCAGAGAGAAGCGCUGGAAACAAUCGCUUCCAAUCUACCUCUUCAAAAAAACUCCAGAUCCUCGACGGCGACUCGAUUCCUAAUCGGCUUGCUGCGAACCGCCAACAUCUUGAACGCGUCGCAGUCUUGCCGCUCCGCUUUGGAGAAGAAGAUCGGCUCGCAGCUGGAGCAAGCCACGCUCGACGAUCUCCUGAUCCCAAGCUAUUCGUAUCUCAACGAGACUCUAUACGACGUCGAUUGCGUCGAGAGGAUCUUAUCCUACUUCCUGGACGGAAUCGAAGAGGAAGGAGAUGGUAUAAUAACCGCCGCCGCCGACGAUCUUGCACACAGCUCCAGAGCGCCGACGUUGAUGCUGGUCGGGAAGCUCAUCGACGGUUACCUCGCUGAGAUCGCCUCCGAUUCCAAUCUCAAACCCGACCGAUUCUACAAGCUCGCCGUCUCGCUGCCGGACCAGGCCAGACUCUUCGACGACGGCCUCUACAGAGCCGUCGACGUUUAUCUCAAGUCGCAUCCAUGGAUAUCGGAGACGGAGAGGGAGAAGAUCUGCGGGGUGAUGGACUGCCAGAAGCUGACUCUGGAAGCGUGCACGCACGCGGCGCAGAACGAGCGGCUGCCGCUCCGGGCGGUGGUUCAGGUUCUGUUCUUCGAGCAGCUGCAGCUCCGGCACGCGAUCGCUGGGACGCUGAUGGCGGCGGGCGGGGAGCCGGGGAGACCAUCGGUACAGCGGCGGGAUGAGGUGGAAGAGGAGGAGGAAGGCGAAAUGGGAGCGGCGUUGGGAAACGGAAGGAGGGGGGAGAAGGGUGGGACCACGUGGAGGGAAGCGGCGAGGGAGAAUCAGGUGCUGCGGCUGGACAUGGAUAGCAUGAGGACGCGGGUGCAUCAGCUGGAGAGGGAGUGCUCGAGCAUGAAGAAGGUGAUUGAGAAGAUCGGGAAAGAUGAUGAUUCUGUGGAAGGGGAGAAGAAUGGACGGUCAGGAUGGAGAGGAGGGUCGUCGUUGACCAAGAAGUUCGGGUGUAAGUUCAAGACGCAGGUGUGUGAUUCUCACGAGCAAGCGGUUGCGGGAAGGACGGCGAGGAGAGGGAGGCAGCAACACCAUCACCAAGAGUAGACCCUGCCGCAGAGGAUUGAAGAACACGGGUUUUCCGUUUCCCGGCCAUUUCCGUUCCGGUCUUCGUCGUUUCGGGUCUGUGAGUUGACCAGAAACGCCGUUUGUUUAGGGUGUUUUUCUUUUUUUGUGUGUGUGUAUUUUUUUGAGGAGGUUUGGGUGGAUGGAUGAAUUGUUUUGUAAGAUAGUGCCACGUCGACAUGCCACUUCUGCUGCCCUGAGAAAAAGCUGAGAAAAAGGAAAAUAAAUUUGUUUAUUGAUUUGUUUAUUAUUA